AUGAAGAUUACAAUUUCUAAUGAGAUAACAGAUCAAGUGUAUGGCCCCCUUGAUGUAUCAUCCGAUAUGCCAUUGCAAGAUUUCUUUGCACUGGUGCAGUUCGAUUGUGGCUUUGAGGAAGACAAGCAUGAACUACUGCAUAACAUGAAACCAUUGAGAGCGGGGGAGACAAAAACUAUGCAAGAGGUGGGCAUUUCCGAUGAUGAGCUACUGGUCAUACGCCAGAAGCGUACAGGCUCCACAGAACAGGUUCCCAGCGAGGAAGAGUAUGUUGAGAGGGUUAGACAAGAGCUACUUCAUGACGCCUCCUUGCGUAACCAACUCUUUAGCCAGACACCUGGAAUAGAGGAGAUUAUAAAUGAUGCCCAACGAUUUCGUGAACGUGUCGGCCCUUUUCUAAUGCAGGGAAGGAACCAUAAACAGGCUCAAAACCCUUUUGGUAUUCCGCAAAACGAAUACAGAGAACUGAUGAGUAAUCCAGAUGAUGCUAAAAACCAAGAGAGAAUCACAGAAUUAAUAAACCAACAGGAAAUCGAUGAGCAGAUGAGAAAUGCUCUUGAGUUUACUCCCGAGGUUUUCACGCCAGUUCACAUGUUGUACAUUAAUCUAGAAAUAAAUGGGCACCCGGUUAAGGCUUUUGUUGAUUCCGGUGCUCAAGCUACAAUAAUAUCUACCAAGCUUGCUCAGAGAACCGGAUUGUUUCGACUCAUCGAUAAAAGAUUCCAGGGUCAGGCACGAGGCGUUGGGACGAGCAAUAUACUGGGACGAAUCCAUACUGCUCAAGUAAAGAUUGAAACACAGUAUAUCCCUUGCAGUUUUACGGUCUUGGAUACUCAUGUUGAUAUGCUGCUAGGACUAGAUAUGUUAAAAAGACAUCAAGCGUGCAUCGAUCUGAAGAAUAAUGUUCUGAAGAUCGCAGGCGCAGAAACAAAAUUCUUAAGUGAAGCAGAAAUUCCCAAAGAGCUAGAGGAAGCACUGACUGGUGCAACCGAAAAGAAAAUCAGCAGUCAACUACCAUCCGAAAAUCCAAGGCCCGUUUUGGAAGCGAACCCCUCAUCAACCAGGCAAUAUCCCGAAUCGACUAUGAAUCAACUGAUGAGUUUGGGAUUUUCAAGAAAUGAGGUCCUCAAGGCAUUGAAUCAGGCAAAUGGUAACCCUGAUAUCGCUGCCGCUCUAUUAUUUCAGUAA